GUUUGUGUGUUUUGAUCAGCCUUCCUUGCCGCCCGCCAUCUUACGUUGGUAGGCUGGGUUCCGGAUUACAAACUUCGUCUUUUCUCGACUUGACCUGGAGCCACGUAUGUGCAGAUGCUAGUCCGAGACUUGGCUUUGAUCCAGUGUAACUUCGGUGUUGAGUAUGAGCUUGAAUACUCUGCUGCAAGCUGCACAAUGGGUCGAAUCGAAUAACGAGAAAACACGUGAAGAUUCCUCCAGACAUUUUCACCACUACGCCAAAUCGCCAAGUGUCAGUGAAGACAACAGCGAUGGGAGAGGCGACGAUUCAAGAGAUAAACGGAGAACUGGAGGGGCGGGUACUCGUGAGGUACAUAACAAACUGGAAAAAAAUCGAAGGGCACAUCUCAAGGAAUGCUUUGAUGCACUUAAACAACAUCUUUCCAGUAAAGAGGAGAAAAAAACAUCAAACCUCAGCAUUCUCCGUGGGGCCAUUAAGUGCAUUCAGAACUUGCGCCGAUGCGAGAAGGAGCUUGAGCAGGAGUUGCAGAAACUGGCACAGCAGAAGAGCAAACUGCGUCACAGGCUGGAGCAGUUAUACAGUGAAAUGGAUCAGAUGAACGUAAAAGUUGACAUCGAAUGUUUCAUGCAACAGGCAUCAGAAGAUCAGGAAUCAAACUCUACUAACACAGCAACAGAGGGUCCUGAGUCCACUCGAGCCAGUGAUGUCGAGGAAGACGAGGAGCAAGAAGCACCACCACCUCCAAGGCCAAUAGCUAGGGCCAUUCCACAUCCAGUAAUACGCACAUUGUCAUCUGCGAAUCCUCCUACUAUGAAUCCAUCCAUAUCUCUACCAGCUUCCAUAGCAGUGGGCACCAUAGCAGUGCCAGCUUCCCCAACAAGUCAACCGUUAAAUUUAGUUGUGACUUCAGUUGCUGUUCCUACCACCACUACAAUCACUGGUUCUCAAGCUACAAGUCAGCCAACACCACUGUUGGUGCGGCCACCAGUGACACAGAUUCUCCAGCAGACCUUGGAGAAACGGCAAGCACAGAAUAGACAGCAGCAGAGUGGCACCAGCCAGGCAGUAACUGCAGUCCCUUCAAGUGUAGGGGUGCGGCAAGCCAUCAAAGCCAUGCCAGCUGUGUCUCCUGUGGCUCUGACGCCUGGUGCUGUCAACUUUCCAUCCGUUGUUUCGCUCAUGCCAGGUGCUGGAAACAUGGCAAAACUUGGAGGUGUGGCAUUAUCAGGGACUCAGCCCAAGACACUUGGGCAAUCAAUUCUGCUGAGUUCUGCUCAUGGUCUGCCACACCCGUCUGGUAACAGCCAGGCCACAGUCCUGCCAGCUUCAGUCAUUGCUCCCAUUCGUGCAAUCAACACGCUGACGACAGGUGGAGUAACCACCAGCACCACCAGUGGUGCAGCUCCGGUGACAGCCAAUCAGCUGGCUCGGCCCAUUUUGACAGCUGCAGUGCAAGGCACAGGAGGAACUACAACCCAACAGGUCCUAGCCACCACCCCCAUGGCUUUUGGGCACCAUCCGCUUCUUGCACAGCUACCCCGUGGAGCUUCUCUUCCAGGUGUGGGGGUUGGAGUGGGUGGGUUCCCUGUGGUGUGUCUUGGUGCUGGUGCUCAGAUUGUGCCCCCAAUGACGGUGAUGACACAAGGGCUGUUGAGUCCUGUUCUGAGUGGUCCCUUGAUUAAGCAGGUACCACUGCAUCAUAUUCUACCAGGAACUCAGGUUCUGCAACAUACACAGCAGCAGACUCAACAGUCUGUUGUCAAUCCGCUUGUAGUUGUGUCUGUCCCAUCUGUAGUCACCACAACUGCCAUUACCACUACUGCUGUAAGCGUCACUCGAUGACAUGUUCGUCGUCUGUUAUGUUAAUGCCCUCGUCUUCGUUAUUUCACAUGCCUCUUCUAAAAGCUGCCUUACCUUAGCAGUUUUGUCUGUUUUUGGUUUGCAUUUUCUUAAGAAGGGAUUUUCCUUGUUUUUUUUUUUUUUGGGGUUUAUUUUUAUUUACUUUUAUUAUUUAGGCUGGAUGGAGAGUUGUUUUUAUUAUUUUAGUUGAACCCUUUCCAAAGAGUGGAACCUUUGCUCAAGGCUCUCAUUGUUAAAAGUUCCCCAGUAUGUAUAUUUGAUAAACAGUAACAAGGACGCUUUUAUUCUUACUGUGUGUACUCCUAUCCCACACCCCAUAUAGUGAAAAAAGUAUCAACUGUCGACCAUUGUUUCUUGCUACACUUACAUGUAUCCAUCCAUAAACGACAUUAACAUCAUGUCAAAAUGUUAAAGGACAAAGCUCUUUGUGUGUUUAUGAGCUCUGGCUUUUGUUUUGUGUUCAUUGUGGCUAUAUCCUUUAGUAGAAAAAUUUUUGUGUAAUUACUUAUAAUCCUGCUGUUGCCAUGGAUCAAAGCACAUCAAAUAUUUCAGCAUUUUAUCCUCUCUCAUGCCUGUGCACACACACACACACAGUUAUCAUAGUUUAUUUAUAUAUUGCUUUGGCAACUAAGCACAAACUAUGCCUAGAGAACAACCCAAGGUUGUCUCAGAAGGCUUAUACUUUAAGCAUAAAAAUGCUGUUCAGGGCUCAGAGCUGUCUGCAGAACUGCUUUAUUUCAGUCCUCAGCUACACUUUUGCCGCUGUAGUGGUUAUGAUGGACCAAUAAAAUGCGGUUACUUAUAAUCUGUUGACCUACAAGGUUUACACCUGUUAGCAACUAAAGAAAUAUAGCCCACGAAAAUGGCAGAUCAUUCUUUUAAUCUGUUUGCUUAAAACAAAAUUGAUGCACCUAUCCUAUUGUAAUAGGAUUUAGGCUUAAAGACACCCAUAGAAAGAGGAAAUCUGGAAAAAAAUGUACACUUUCUUUUAAAGAAAUCUUUUUUUUUUCAGGGUUUAGGGUUUUCUUCAUAUUAAUAUAUUUUAUCUCUUGGUCAGCAUUUUGUUGGCCUUUUGUCUGCAAGCUAAUCUGCUUGAAAACUGAAAACACAUGUAGUGUGUUUUUUUUUUUAUAAGUCACCGAUUUCAAGCACAAUGUACUUUUUGAGUGCUUUGGACAAUGAAGAUUUUUUUUCUUAGGGUAAACACACAGAGAAGUGAAAAAAAAUGCAUAAAAGCAAGGGAUGACAGUGUAUGUAUAUAGUUUUGGACUGCCACAUACAUCGUUACUUUGUAAUGCUAAAUUUUGGCUAAAAACAGAACCUGUGAUUUUUUCCCUUCCCCUCUGGCGGUUUUCUGGUAUACACUGGAUUGUAUAUCUUUGCUACAAACUAGAUUACCAAAGUACACCAAGUGGGAAAAGAUGUGUAAAUAUGUUGGGUUUUUUCAUGAUCUCACAUGCAGCAGUUCCCAGAAAAAUGGCAAACUGUGGGGCGAGUGUGAAUGGAAGAAGGAUGGAGUUUAACACUGAAUGAAGUCACAUUAAGCAUGUGCUCUCUAAAUUUCCUUGUAAACAAAUACUAAUUGCAUGUUGAAAAUGCGAUCGCCAUGUCUGCAUGGUGUUUUUAACAACUCCAUUAUAUCAGUUUGCAAGAUCAGUUUAUCAGUACAGUGCAGAAUUUUGCAUUUGCACAUCAUGUUUAGAAAGCUGUGCAGUUCAGCACAAUUAAGGUCUUUGAUUACUUACAGGUAAUCAUGGCUUUUUUGGAUGAUGCUAGAGGAAGUAGCCUUCAAGUUUAAUGAUUUUACUAGGCUAAAUGUAUGUGGUCUCCUUCAUCAGGGGUUUGUAAUUAUUCUCUGUGAUAGGCCGGGUUGCUGUCUGAGCACUAGAUAGUAAUGACCCCUUGCCUCAGACACGGGUGUGUCUUGAGUGAACAGAUUUCUUGUCCUCAUUAUUGGUCUUUGUUAUUCUCAGCUAGCCUCAUUCCAUGUUUUGUUACUUCCUCUCCCUCUUCUGACAAUAAAUAUGUUCAGUAUUACAUGAUGUCAUAUAUCUUAAAAAAUAAAUGUUUUGGCAAUGAAAUGCUAUGAUCCAGUGGAAGUCAGUUUCCACUGUUGAAUUAAAAGCUUUGAAACUGUUGUAAAUUUUAAGUUAACAAGUCUGGCCUUCUUAGCUGGAGCUUUAUGCAAGGUAGGCUGUGGUCAAUAGUGAAAUGUCACUUGAGGCAUGGGCAUUCCUUGUUUGUGACUGCCAUAAAGCAUUCAUUUGCAACAGGUGAUAAAUUCAUAAGACAAUGGUGCAUAGACCAGAUUAAAUCAGUAAAUAUUAGAAGAGAUUAGACCAGUUUGUAUUAUGUCAAGCUGUCGUGUUUAUGGUAUAAUCUUCCUGUUAUUCGCAUUAUGGCAACAGCCGUCAUGUCUGACAUUGUUUAUUAUCUGUUUUGUUUUGAUAGCAGAUGCUGCACCUGCUUAAAACUAUGAGGUGGGGUGGGGGUAAUAAAAGCAUGUAAUGCUUGUACUUUCAUUUUGAUGUCCUGUUUGGUUCAUACUAUGCCUAGUUUUAUUAUAUAUACAUUAAUGCAGUUAGUCAGCGGAGGGUGAAUUUGCAGUUCAUGUGAGCAGAGUUGUAGUUGUCUGCUUCUGUUACCUUUUGUCCCCAAAUUUCUUUACCGUUUUAGUCAGAAAAAUCAUUAUUUAUUUUUAUGUAUAUUGUAUCAUCGAUGUUUUAUAACCACUAGAAUUUUUAUUGUCAUCUGUACAACUUUCACCUUUAAGGUGAAGGAACAUCAUAGAUGUUCUUUUCUCACAAAACCUUCAUUUCUUCUAUCCUUUUCAUCGUGUGCUCUUCAGUUUCUGAAAAGCAGUGAUAUUUGUACUCUAAUGUGUGACUGUGUCUAGUUCACAGUGACUGCAUUGCACAUGCAUUAAGAAGGUGCUAGUGUACAUGCAUGUUGUCAAACUUGCAGCCAUACUAGCAUGUUUGUGCUACAGUUUCUUAUUUUAGAAGUAAAAAACAAAACAAAGCCUAAUACCAUUGUCGUUAAUUCAGCAGUGUAAUAUAUAUUUAUAUUUUGCUGUACAGCCUAGUUUUAUACACGACGGGACAGUAAUUUGUUUUUUCUUGUUACAAAUAUAGUCUUUAUUAAAAUAAAUGCUGGCGCAUCCA